UACUGGUGGCCGGUGGGGUGAUAUAAGUCGAGAGAAGCCAUUGGAAGCACUCGAGCCGAGCGUGUGGAGGCUGGCUGCUGUCAGUUGAAGUUGCUGCGGGUUGUGGAUUUUGCCUGCUUUCUAGGUGCCAUCCACAAUAAGUACCCCAUGACUGCUCUUACGCUUGCUCUAACUGCUACCAACAGUGGUAACCGUAAUGGUACUGGUAGCAACCGCUGUUGCUGCAGUGGUAGAUUUUGGUAUCCCUCCUCCCACCAUUCCGACUUUUAUUCUUCCACCACUGCUUGUCCUUCAUUUGGCAAGCCCAAAAGAGGGACUUCAGCUUUUGCUCCCGCAGUCAGAUGCCAUUCAGCAAAAACUAAUGCUCCCAAACCAAAAAUGAAUCUACUGGACAACGCCAGCAACCUUCUCACAAAUUUCUUGAGUGGAGGAAGAAUGGGGUCGAUGCCAAUGGCUGAAGGUGCAGUUUCUGAUCUCUUUGGCCGGCCACUGUUUUUUGCGCUCUACGAUUGGUUUCUCGAGCAUGGCUCUGUGUACAAACUUGCUUUUGGGCCAAAAGCAUUUGUUGUUGUGUCAGAUCCUAUUGUUUCAAGACAUAUUCUACGUGAAAAUGCUCUCUCUUAUGACAAGGGGGUUCUUGCUGAAAUCCUAGAACCAAUAAUGGGAAAAGGGCUAAUACCUGCGGAUAUUGACACUUGGAAGCAGAGGAGAAGAGUUAUUGCUCCUGGGUUUCAUGCACUGUACUUGGAGGCCAUGGUCAAAGUAUUUACUGAUUGCUCUGAGAGAACGAUGCUAAAGUUUGAAAAACUUCUUGCUGGAGAAGGGAGAAAAGGAGGGAAGACCAUUGAGUUGGACCUUGAAGCCGAAUUUUCCAGUUUGGCUUUAGAUAUUAUUGGUCUUGGAGUUUUCAAUUACGAUUUUGGUUCGGUUACCAAAGAAUCUCCUGUUAUUAAGGCUGUAUACGGUACUCUCUUUGAAGCUGAACAUCGAUCAACUUUCUACAUACCUUACUGGAAAUUCCCUCUGGCAAAAUGGCUAGUCCCCAGGCAGCGAAAGUUCCAGAAAGACCUUAAGUUUAUCAAUGACUGUCUUGAUGAUCUUAUCAGAAAUGCAAAAGAGACCAGACAGGAAACAGACAUUGAGCAACUGCAGAAAAGGGACUACUUAAAACUUAAAGAUGCCAGUCUGUUGCGUUUUUUAGUUGAUAUGAGAGGUGCAGAUGUUGAUGAUUGUCAGCUUAGAGAUGAUCUGAUGACAAUGCUUAUUGCUGGCCAUGAAACUACAGCUGCUGUGCUUACUUGGGCUGUUUUCCUUCUUGCACAACAUCCCAGCAAAAUGAAGAAAGCACAGGCUGAGAUUGAUUCAGUGCUAGGCCAAAGAAGGAUAACCAUAGAAUCAAUUAAAAAACUAGAGUACAUACGACUUGUUGUUGUAGAGACGCUACGCUUAUAUCCGCAGCCUCCACUCCUUAUUAGGCGUUCUCUGAAAUCAGACAAGUUGCCUGGAGGUCAUAAAGGUGACAAUAAUGGAUAUGCAAUACCUGCUGGCACUGAUAUUUUCUUAUCUGUAUACAAUGUUCAUAGAUCUCCAUACUUAUGGGAUAAUCCCAAUGACUUUGAACCUGAACGCUUUCUAGUAAAAAGAGUGAGCCAAGGCAUUGAAGGAUGGGCUGGUUUUGAUCCAUCCAGAAGUCCUGGAGCUUUAUAUCCAAAUGAGAUUAUGUCAGAUUUUGCAUUCCUGCCCUUCGGAGGGGGCCCAAGAAAGUGUGUUGGAGACCAAUUUGCAUUCAUGGAGUCAACAAUAGCAUUGGCUAUGUUGCUGCAAGAGUUUGAUAUAGAACUGAAAGGAUCUCCAGAGUCUGUGGAAAUCGUCACAGGAGCAACGAUUCACACGAAAAAUGGUUUGUGGUGCAGAUUGAUGAAGAGGCAAGAUAUUCAGAGUCUGUAGCUAUGGUACAUAGUUCUGCUGGAGGUUUGUUGGUUCACUUCUAAGUUCUAACCAUCCCCUUGUUUUUGUUCAUUUCUGGUUUCCUAAAUACUGGUCUGAAACCCUCCAUGCUCGGGACAUUUCUGCUGAAGCAUAAAUGUGUUGUACUUUCUUCCUGGGCUAAGGUUGCACCAGGUGAACAUAGUGGAGAACUAUGUCUCAAGCUCAAGAACUUAGAUACCGUACUUAAGAAGCUACUAAUAAUGUAGGACUAAAGGGGGAAGGCUGAGAGUACCAAAGACUAACCAGCUUAUAUGAUUGAAGAUGAGGCUGCAUUGCUGAAUGGAGAUUAUAGUGAGGAGCAAACAAAAACUGUUAAAUUCGGAAUGACAGAUCACGAGGCUCCAAGUUGAGGAUAUACAGGAGAAACCUAUAACAUGUAGGUGGGAGAUUGGGUGUAAUAUCGCGUACAAGAUGUAUCUUAAAAUGAUGAAAAAGGACUAAAAAAAAUGUUGCCUGGCCUAAGCAGUCUGCGAAAAAAAAAAAAAACUUUUAAGCAGGGUAGCUUCCAGGCAGUGCAUAUUUAUGAUGCGGGAUUUUGUCAUAUCCCUUAAACCUGGAUUAUUUGUGAAUUAACAGCACGUUUUACAGCUAUGCAAGUGCUCCUACGAGUUUGUUUU